AAAUAAUGACGAUGCCGGUGUCGCCAUAACGAAGCGGAUUUCAGAUAACGAAGCGAGUUUCACGAUAACGAAGCGGGAAUCGCUAUAACGAAGCAGAUUUCACGAUAACGAAGCGGAUUUCACGAUAACGAAGCGAAUUUCACGAUAACGAAGCGAAUUUCACGAUAACGAAGCGAAUUUCACGAUAACGAAGCGAGCUUCACGAUAACGAAUCGGAUUUCACGAUAACGAAGCGAGCUUCACGAUAAAGAAGUGGGUGUCGCCAUAACGAAGCUGAUUUCACGAUAUCAAAGCGAAUUUCACGAUAACGAAGCGAGUUUCACGAUAAAGAAGCGGGUGUCGCUAUAACGAAGCGGAUUUCACGAUAACGAGGCGAGUUUCACAAUAACGAUGCGAUAUUGAAGUAAGUUUUCCUUGGCAGGGAUGAAUCCUUUCUCCCCUCGAGGAGCCAUCCCAGGCCUGCAGGAGUGUGUGGGGACAGUGGCAGUGCAGCCCCCAGCGCCUCACACUGAACAAGAGGUCAUCACAAAGAACAUUUUGACAACUCAUCAGACACUGCCGUGGAAGGCGCACUCUUCACCCGAAAAGAGGCCCCUCGCGUGGCAGUGUCUGGGGCGCGGUGGAGGGCAAGUGUUGUCUGCUUUACAGUUAGGUCCUGAACGCGGAAGUUUGGUGAACCACUACACACAAUUCACCAGACACUGUCACGGGAGGAGGAGCCCUUAUCCCCCCUUCAGGAUCCCUCUGAUGGCAGUAUUUGGUGGAUGGUGCGUGGUGCCCUCUUGUCAACGGUGACCUCUUGUUGCGUGUGAUGGGCUGGAAGUGGACGGUCAUAUCUGAAUGAGACUUCUGGAGGGCUACAGCGUUAAUGAUGGCAAGCAGCUGUCCUACCUGGCCCUGGAGAAGAGUGUUUUCUACAAGCAAGGAUUCUUAGAGUUGGGAGCACUGCUGCGGUCUGCUGACCCUCUCUUAAUGGAGCCAGCCGAACGCAAGACUCUCUUCAUCAAUGUGUACAACUUGCUGACUAUCCAGGCCAUAGUGAGCAGGAACCCCCUUCCAGAGAGCACCAUCAGUGUGCCUAACUUUUGGCGGCGCUAUGCCUACCAGGUGGGCCCGUACAGCCUGCACCUGGACGACAUUGAGCAUGGCAUCCUGAGAGGCAACCGGCCACAUCCAACAUCAGGCACCACCAUGUUUCUGGACGACGAUCCCCGCUUGGCCCUGACACUGCCUGCUGACCACCGCAUCCAUGGGGCACUCAACUGUGGUGCCAGGAGCUGCCCUCCACUGCAAGCCUAUUACACAGAGCAGCUGGACCAGCAGCUGGACGAGGGGCUGAAUGCAUUCUGCAAUGGCAGCGUGAAACUCCUUGGUGACAACAGCCUUAUCAUCAACUCCAUCUUUCAGUGGUUCAGAGUUGACUUUGGCUCCACUGAAGCCUCUGUCCUGGAGUGGCUGGCUGAGCAGGUGACAGAUGACAUCAUCACCCAGGCUCUCCUUCAGGCCUCCAAUGGCCAGCGCCGCUUCAGCUACAACUAUGACUGGACCCUGAAUGCUGUGUCAGGGGCGGGCGGCGGCAAGGUGAAGGUGGACGUGUACUUCUCGUCCCUUUGUUCAGACACCGUCAGGUUCUUCACCACUCAGCUGUAUCCCGCCUGGACGCAGCUCCAGGACAUUAUGGAUCUUAACCUUGUACCGUUCGGCAAGGCGAAGGCCUCCCCAUUGGGCAAUGGGGACUACCACUUCGAUUGCCAACACGGACCCAAUGAAUGCUAUGGGAACAAAGUGAUGGCCUGCAUUCAGAACUCCUUCCCCAUCGCUACGCAGGUCAAGAUGAUCCACUGCAUGAUGACCAAAGGGUAUCCUGCCUUUGCCGGCCCAGAGUGCAGCAGGGAGCAGGGCGUUGAGUGGGCGGACCUGGAGAGGUGUUCCCAGAGCUCCACCGCAUCGGCGUAUCUUUACCAGAACGGCGUGAAGACCUCUGCCCUCAAGCCUUCCGUGUAUUUCAUUCCCACUAUCACCAUCGACGGGCAAUACGGGCAGUCUCAGCUCAGGACCUCUCUGGGUUCCCUCAAGGACCAGAUCUGCCAGUUCCACAAAGGACCUCCCCACCAGAACUGUGUGUAAGAUUGAAACCCUCGUCCUGCAGGGGUGAGUGAGGAGGAGUCUGCCAGCACCAGAACUCAGUGGUGAGCUCUCCUGUUACGUCACCAUCGCGCAGUUCACCUCCCAUCACUGCAGCUCAGCAAGCCCCUCAACACCAGCUCUCUGCUUUUUGUUUAAACUCAUGGAAAAUAAGUGUCAUUUGUACACCAGAACACCUUCACCUGGUAUCACUGACCAGAUACACUAGCACAUUCAACAGCACCACACUCAACAUACGAGUACACUGCACUGUAAACAUCGAUGUACAGCCCGAUGCCGGAAAUCUCACACAUUCACUCACACAUCAUUCACACUCUUAAUUAACCCUGUCGGCUGUUGGUGAAAAGAAACAGUUUCGUGGACUAUCCUACUAACCACAAGGGCUUAGUCACGGCACAGCUGGCCACAUACUUCCGCAGCAAGACGUGACAACAUACACUACACUGGUUUGCCCCUGUCCCUUCGUCAUGAGACUUUUCCCUACCCUAUACCUAUUCUACUCCUGAGACCACAGCAGAUACAGGGUACGUCCUACGGAUUGUUGUCUUAAA